GACAAUUACGACACAGGUUGACUGUCGACCUCGGGCUGGCCCUCGUUCCCGCCAGCCAAGGGCGGGAUCAUGACAACAUGAGGAUAGACCUCUCUGGCAGCAUGACUCAUCCUGCUAGGACGACUGACUUUGACGACUUGCACUCUCAACCCCUCUACACAGUAUCUAUCUGCUCUCAUGAUAAAAACUAGACUCCCGGACUCACCAACAUCAAGAGACUGACCACGCCAAACCGCAUAUACUGUGUAUACCAGACCGCAGAGUCACCAACGACUUACCUUACUCACCCCGAGCAGACAACAAAACCCCCCAGCCCCAAAGAUGACAAUCACCCUCCACCUCGUCCGCCACGCGCAGGGCUUCCACAACCUCAACGUCACAAACCAGCAGAUCCCAGACCCCUACCUGACGCCCACGGGCAGGGAGCAGUGCCAGGCCCUGCGCGCGAGCUUCCCGCACCACGACCGCCUCACGCACCUGGUCGCCUCGCCCCUGCGCCGCACCCUCCAGACCUGCGAGCAGUCCUUCCGCCCGGCCGUCGACGCGGGGCUCAGGGUCGUCGCGCAGCCCCUCGUGCAGGAGGUCUCCCCGCUGCCCUGCGACACCGGGUCCGAGCCCGAGGUGCUGGCCGCCGAGUUCGGCGCGUGGGCCGACGUGUCGGGCGUCCCCAAGGGGUGGAACGACAAGACCAGCGAGGGGUCGCCCUGGGCGCCGCGCGUCGAGGCGCUCGAGGAGAGGGCCAGGAGGGCGAGGGUGUGGCUGAGGGAGCUGGGCAGGGGGUGGAAGGCCGAGGGGCGUGGCGACGCUGCUGAGAUUGUUGUUACGACCCACGGGGGGUUCUUGCACUUCCUGACGCAGGACUGGGAGGGGCUGGAUGUUUCCAAAGGUACGGGAUGGGAGAACACCGAGUACAGGAGCUACGAGUUUGACGAGCCAGAGGGCGACGACAGCGAGGCCAGGAUCCACGAGACCAAGCCCAGCUGGCGGAGGAGGCGUGGUAGCGCCAUCGGGCUCACCGCCACCGAGCAGCAGCAGCAACGCGCAGUCGUUAUCGACGCCUAUAAUAAAGCGUUUGGGCUAUGAGAAUGACAACGGGACAGCGGCCGAGCAGCCGAGCAGCCGAGACGGCGGUCCUCAUCCCGUCCAACAGAUGGGCACGGAGUCGCCCACCUGCAUAGACGCUUCACCGAUCGCGCUUCGUCAACCCAUACAGCGUGCGCCGUGUAGGCGCUAGAGUUGAAUUUGUUUCUGGCAUGCGUAGAAAAAUAGACAGAACUGCGGUAGAAACACAUAGACGCAGUGUCAAGUUGAUCAUUAAACAACUAGACUUGAACGAGGCGGUCCGGCGCGCUGAGGACGCAGGAGCCGCCUGGUGCUCUUCGCGGGUUGCAUCAUGUGUGUCACGGCCGGCGCUUGUUUGCCCAGCCGGAGGAAAGUUCUCAGGCCCAGCGGCUCCGUGCUCUGUGCUCUGUUUCUACCGCUGCCAUUAUGCCUUGGCCGUUGCCUGGGAUUGAUCAGGUUCCGUCUGCGGUAAAUUGGGCUCUGGCAAUCCAAUCGCUUGCUCGGAACCGCCAGCGCCGAGGUGUAAGUCAAGAAGGCAGACUCGGCUGUCCUGUCCAGGUGCCGCGUCCGAAUUAUUAGUAGGCUUUGACGGAUGCAACAGAAUGCCCCUCAUGCGCAUCAACACGCGACGGUGCGUUUUUAGACGCAGGAAGACGUAAAUUGGGGCAGCCGGCAUGCAUGGCACGGUCCAGUCCUGUCGGCAAAUGACAAGCUUCUGGGUGGCGACCGACUCAUGAGAUAUCGGCAACCCACCUCGACAGCUGCGUCGAGCUUCAUCCAUUCCUACAACUCUGAUUGCUUAAUUUGCAUCCAGAGGAGGUUGACUCGGAGCCGCAUCUCCUCGGCGACUAGAUAGGGCGAGUUGGCGUUGCGGCCUGUCAGUCAAGGUUGAUGGGUCCCACAGCGUGAGCACGUCUGGCACGCUUUCAGCGACU